AUGUCAUCAAUGGUCACCCUAGAACAGGCCACAUGGGCCUGGAUCGAGGCAGGUCCUCGCAAGCACCACAUGCCCGUUGGAAAGCGAUUCGUCAAGGGUAUGAUGGCCGGUUUCUUCCUUUCCAUGGGAGGCAUGCUGGUUCAGAUCAUGACCGCGAACCCGUGGUUCGCGACCAACGCACCCGGUCUGCUUAAGAUCCUGCAAGGUGCUGUCUUCCCCGUCGGUCUCGUCAUGGUCGUCCUCUUCCAGGCCGACCUAGUCACUGGUGAGAUGGCUGUCUUCAUCAUGUCCACCAUCAAGCGCAAGGUGCCUCUCUGGGCGUUCCUCUACGGUUGGACCAUCACCUUCAUCGGUAACCUCGUCGGUGCUCUCAUCUACGCUGCCUUCCUUGUCCACUUCUCCAACAUCUACACUCCCGCCAUGGCUCGCGGUGCUGCUACCGCCGCCGACGCCAAGGUGUCGCAGAUCAACUUCUUGCAGUUGUGGCUCCGUGCUAUUGGAUGCAACGUCCUCGUGUGCGUUGCUGUCUUCCAAGCCUCCCUCGCCAAGGACGUCGUCUCGAAAGUCGUCGCGAGUUGGUUCCCCAUCUUUGUCUUCAUCUCCGCCGGCUUUGAGCACAUUGUGGCGAACAUGUUCCUCAUCCCGGCUGCGCUGUUGACGGGUCAGACCGACUUUGGCGUCGGCGAAUACAUCUGGAAGAGCAUCAUCGCCAGCUUCAUCGGCAACGUUCUCGGUGCGGCUAUGCUUGCACUGCCCUUGGUCUACCUGCACGGCGGCGACGAGUUCGACCCCAGCCAAGGCGCCCAGGCUCUGCCCCUGCACAACGGCAAGGAGUUUGGCUCCGGCGCUAGCGUCAACAACAUCACUGUCACCAACAGCCACCAGGGCACUGCGACUGGCGACAAGAAGCUCGGCAAGGACCUCGAGUCUCAGUCUCCUCGCUAG